GGUGAAUUGUUGAAAUAGGAUACAGUGCAAAAUGCUUACGAUAUUUUCAUUUCUUUUGUUUGUUUUGGUUUCCAAAGCGGAAUUACUAACGGAAGAGCGAAAUCGUGAAACUGUUCUUAAACCAAUAUCAGCAUGUUGCGAUAUACCUGAGUUAGGCGACGCCAAGCCGCUAGCAGAAUGUUCGAAACUCGAUGGACCAUGCAACGAAAUACAAUGUGCUUUCGAGAAGUCUGGUUUCCUAGUCGACAAAAAAAAAUUAAACAAGGAAGCCUACAAGAAACAUCUAUUAAAGUGGUUAGAAUCCCAUGAAGGAUGGCAGGUCGCUGUAGAGAAAGCCAUUGCUGACUGUGUGGAGAGGGAUAUACGGCAAUACCUAGACUAUCCUUGUAAAGCAUAUGAUGUGUUCACAUGCACCGGAAUUGCUAUGUUAAAGAAAUGUCCGAAAGAAUUUUGGAAGUGUUAAGAAGGAACAGAGCUUUUAAUAUUUUUAAUUUAAUUAUUAUUGAAGCUGAGCAAUAAAAGUAUAUUCCAUAGCAAUAUCUUUGUAGUUUCCUCUUACCUAUAGUUUAUAAAACAAAUAUAUGUA